CCAUGCCGCCCCCGGGCCGGGCGCCGCCGCUCGGGCUCCUGCUGGCGCUGACUGCGCUCCGGUGCCCAGUGGCGGAGAGCCGCGGAGUCGCUGACAGCCUGCAGAGGUUCUCCUCGCUGCCCGCCUACCUCCCCGCCGGCCUCCAGGUGGCAGGCGCGGACGAGUCCUUCUUCCUCAAAGAGGCCGACCAGGACGUCACCAGGAACGCCAGCCUGCAGGUCCGCGUGGAGCCCUUCUUCGUGCACCGGGCCAGGGCGGCCCCGGUGGUCAACGCCAGCUACGGCCCGUUCUCGGCCGAGAAGGCCGUCCCCGAGGAGCUGCUGCUGACCCCCGCGGCCUUCGCAGGCGUGGACGCCUUCCCGUUCAACUGGAAGCUGAAGUCCCACGUGCUGGACAGCGCCAUCUACUCCAACAGGCCCAAGGUACAGACACUGUUCUACGUCGCGGGCAUGGCCUGGGACGACCCUGCGGGGAACCUGCCCUGCGUCAAGAUGUUCGCCUACCCGGAGGCCCGGGAGGUGGCGGCCAGCUGCCGCCUGCGAGGGGCCCCGGGGCUGUGCGUGGCCGAGCUGGAGCUGCUGCCCGAGUGGUUCAGCUCGGGGCUGGACCUGGAGCCCGAGGAGGUGACCCCCGCACUGCUGGGGGGCACGGCCAUGGAGCUGUUCUUCAGCCUCUUCCCGGCCGACCCCGCCGGCCGGUGUCCCCUGGAGGAGGACGGCAAGUGGGCCAACAACAUCCACGCGGGCCCGGAGGGGCUGCUGCCGGUGCCGCCGGCCCGGGAGCGCAUCGGCAGCGUGGUGGUCUACCCGACCCAGGACGACCUCAGGUGGUCCCUGCUGAGCCUGGAUGAGAACGUCGUGGUCUCUGUGCCCCUAAACCUGGUCCGCGAAGGGGAUGUGGCCACCUUCUUGGUGUCCCUGGCCAGCGGCUCCGUGGCAGAGCACUUCACGCUCAGGAUCAAGGCGGCGGCAGGCGUGAGAAUUGCAGCGGUGAGGGUCAGCGGCGAAGACCGCUGGGCCAUCCAGGAGGAAAUCGACAAUGACGGUGUCCAGACCACGGCCGCCCUCACCUGUGUGGGCCAGCACCGGGACCCGCAGAGCAGAGUGAACGGCUCCUUCUCCGAGAUCUUGCAAGUGGACUUCGGGGUGGACAACAGCAGCGACCUGGCCGGGGCCCAGGCAAUCACGUGGCAAGUGGAGUACCCGGCGGAGGAGUCCAUGAGCCAGCUGGCCGUCUCCGAGAUCUUCGUCAGCCAGACCAGCUUCGUGGGCAUCGUCCCUCUUGCCAUGGACACGGAGAUCCUGAACACGGCCGUCCUCACCGGGAAGGCGGUCUCGGUCCCCGUCAAGGUGGUGGCCGUCCAGGAGGACGGCUCCGUGGUGGACGUCUCGGAGCCUGUGGAGUGCGCGUCCGCGGACGAAGACGUCGUGAAGGUGUCUGACCGCUGCGACUCCGUGUUCGUGAACGGCAAGGAGAUGAAUGGCAGAGUGGGCACGACCGUGAGCUUCACCCACCAGCAUUUCACCGCCCAGCUGGAGGUCACCGUCUGGGCGCCCCGGCUGCCCCUGCAGAUUGAGGUCUCAGACACGGAGCUGAGCCAGGUCAAAGGCUGGCGGGUCCCCGUGGCCCCCAACAGAAGGCCCACGCGGGAGAGCGAGGACGAGGAGGACGAGGAGCGGCGGGGCCGCGGGUGCGCCCUGCAGUACCAGCGCGCCACGGUGCGGGUGCUGGCGCAGUUCGUGGCCGAGGCGCCCGGCGCGGGCCCGCCCAGCUACCUGCUGGGCCCCGACUGGCAGCUGGACAUCACGGACCUCGUGGUGGAGUUCAUGACGGUGGAGGACCCGAGAGUGGCUCAGUUAGAGGCCGGCAGGACCCUGGUGGGCCGGGAGCCGGGCAUCACCGCCAUCCAGGUCCUGUCACCUCUCUCGGACUCCAUCCUGGCUGAGAAGACGGUGACCGUCCUGGAGGACCGCGUCACCAUCGCUGACCUGGGCGUGCAGCUGGUGGCCGGCCUGUCUCUCUCCCUGCAGCCGCACAGGGCGGACAGAAGGGCCGUCGUGUCCACGGUGACUGCCCAGGAAGUCCUCCAGGCCCCACGGCAGGAAGCAAUAGUCAGCUCCUGGAUUCUGUUCAGCGACGGCGCGGUGACGCCCUUGGACAUUUACGACCCCGAGGACUUCUCCCUGUCGGUCUCCUCGCUGGACGAGAUGGUGGUGUCUGUCCAGGCGAACCCGCAGCCCAGGUGGCCGGUGGUGGCCGCGGAGGGCGAGGGGCAAGGGCCCCUGAUCAAGCUGGAGAUGAUGAUCAGCGAGUCUUGUCAGAAGAGCAAGAGGAAGAGUGUCCUGGCCACGGGGAGAGGACUCGUCAGGGUCAAGUUUGACCCACACAUCGACCGGCACCAGGGAGGCACCAAUGACAUUGAGGGCAUAAGUCGGGACUACACGGACCCCCUCAGCAAUGCCAUAGAGCGUGAGGGCCACCAGGAGCGGGCGGCGCAGGAAUGGCUGCCUCGUGGUGGCGCCGUGGGCCCGGAGGAAAGGACCAAUGGCAGCGGGGCCCCGUCGCCCCCGGUGGAGAGAAAGGACAAGGGCCUCCUAAGGAGCGGCGGUCCGGACGCCUUCACCAGCUUCCCCACUCGAGGGAAGUCCCGGGAACCCAAGCAGUCCAGGGACCUGACCGUGGCCUCCCGGGGGCUGAGCGACCUGGAGAUCGGCAUGUACGCGCUGCUGGGCGUCUUCUGCCUGGCCAUCCUGGUCUUCCUGUCCAACUGCGUGGCCUUCGCCUGGAAGUACAGGCACAAACGCUUCUCGGUGAGCGAGCAGGGGCCCGUCCCCCACUCCCACGACUGGGUCUGGCUGGGGAACGAGGUGGAGCUGCUGGAGAGCUCGGCGGACGCCACGCUGCCGUCGGAGGAGUGCACGACCGUCAUCGACCGGGGGCUGCCCUUCGAGGAGCGCGACUUCCUGCUCAGCGGCGGCUCCCAGAAGCCUUUCCACAGCCACCUGCUCGGGCCGGCGGACUACGUCUACGAGAAGGACAUGCAGAACGAGCCCGGCACGCCGUCGGGCCCCAGGAGGAAGAGGGUCAAGUUCACGUCCUACACCACCAUCCUGCCGGAGGACGGCGGCCCCUACACCAACUCCAUCCUGUUCGACAGCGACGACAGCAUCAAGUGGGUGUGCCAGGACGUGGGGCUGGGCGGCCCCGAUUUCCGAGACUACCUGGGGCGGCUGCAGGACCAGCUGUGAGCCCCCUGCCACGUUUGUAUCACCUUUAUGCCUUCUGGUUUCGCGGCGGUGGAGCGGCGAGCUUGGGUAGCAAUAGGGGGUGACGUAGGGCGCCGAGGUCGUGGAGGCUGGCCGGGGGUGGGCGGGGGCCCGGGCCUCGGCCGGCCCAGGGGCCCGGAGAGCUGGCGCGGCCGGCUGGCUGGCUAAGCCGGGGAACGUCUCCAGAGCUGCCCCGCGCGGGCCCCGGACGCGCCCUCACCCCGGUCCCGUCUGCGGGUCUGCGGCCGGGCCCCAGCCCCGUCCCAGCGGGACCGUCCCGACCCCACGCGCCGCUAGUCACCACGUGACACGCAGCGGUGCGGAGUGGGAAGAGACUCGGUGUCGAUGUUCCUAUUCCUCGACCUUCUAAAGCACAGUGGGCGCGUCUCGCCCUUGGCCCGCGACGGGACACACACGGAAGAUGCUGAAUGUAGCCGCCCUUCGGGACGAUGCUGCUCGCUGGUUUUUUAUACGCUUGCCCCUGCUUCCCUCGGCCUCCGAGGCCCUUUUGGAGACAGGAGGGCGCGCCACGUUCCUGGCUGCCCUCCUCCCCUCUGAGCUGUUCGAUGUCCGUGUGUUCAGUCACGUCAUGUCCUUCCCCGUGGGGCGCACUCGAGGUCCGCCACUUCCUUUCUGGGGUGUCCACGCAGGAAGUCCGGUUCCCUCCGCUUCACACGCUGCGCCCUUUUGGGGGCGACCUUCCGGAAGCUUCCCCUCACUUGUCUCCCUUCCUUUUUGUGGUCCGACUCUCUCGUGUCAGGUGGGGACACGGGGUUUUACUAAAACCGUGAACGUGCUGUGCGGGGGGCAGGGGGGGCAUUUCUUCGCUUUUUCUACAUGAAACUUAACCACCCGGGGGUGGCGCUGGGGGCCCCCAGCCGCUGUUUCACCUUCCGCACGUGGGAGGUUGGUGGGGGCACCGGGAAUGCGUUUCUGGGGAAAAAGGUCUCCGAACAGCUGUAUUUAUUAUACAAGUGCUUUUUGGUCAGCUCAGCUCAUUAUCCGACCUGAAGUCCAAACGUAAGCCGGUGAUGUGCCCAGAGAGGAAACUGGGAAAUAGCUUCCAAGUCAACUCCCCGUCUUGCCAGAACAGACCUGUUUUUUAAAAUAGACUGAUGUUUCAACUUAGCAAUAGGUACAAAUCCACCCGUACAAUCACCAACCCCCCCCCAAAAAACAAACAUUAACAAAGUUUCCCCGCCGUGACUCUGGCAGUGAUGAAACCCGCCCGGGAUGUGGCCUUGUGGAGAAAGGCGAGGGACUUUCAGCCCGAAAUCCAUGAAAACAGGGGGCUGCCUCAGAGCCCCCGGAGCAGCUUCAUGAAGAUCCGGAUGGAGCUGUUGGAAAGUCAGAGGGAUGAGAGAGCGAGAAAGAAGCAGGAUUCCUACAGAAUUUUAAAAUACAAAUGUUUUUCCAAGAGCAGCGUGAAUUGUGUGAAGCAGACCGAGACUUUGAACUUGAGAGAGCGUGAUGACGACUUUAUUUAUGGUGGUGGUGGAGGGGGGGCUGCCUCGGUGCCGGACUGGAAGCCUCAUUCUGAGCUUCCCCGGGGCCAUUUGCAUCCCGGACAAACGUCAUUGGAAAGGCCCUCAGUGGUGAGCGCGGACCAGCAGGAGGUCACUGGAGCAGGUCCCGGACCCCAGGCGGCUGGUGACUGGCCCGUCAGCGGAGAGGCCACGGAGUGCUCCCUCGGAGACUCACGCGCACGGGAAGGUGACCGCCCAGCCUUGUGCGGCCGUGACGUGGAAGCCCCCGGGUCCUGCCUGUGUCCGGCCCACGGAACCGGCCUGGUGCAGACCUGACCAGUGGUGCAGGCCUGUGUUCCCGGGGCCGGCGAUCUCCUGUUAAACGUGGGGUGAGGGGCUGAAGCUGGGGACCCGAGCGCUGGCUGUUUUCGAAAGGUCGGCUGACACCUUGCGGGACGAGCUGCUCCUUGGGGGCUGGGUGGGUGGGGCCGGUGGGUGGACCCCAUGCGGGCGGAAACCUCCGGAGCCCUGCCCGCCGUGGGGCACGUUCGACACUCCAGGAGCAGCGGGACCUCGAGUCAGGGGGCCAGGGCACCCGGAGAGGAGCCCCCCAAAGCUCAGAGGGCCGGCUGUGGCUCGGGCAAGCUGGGGGGGCCAGAGCUGGGAGCAGACGGCCACCGGGAGGUGUCCCCUGUGGGUCCACAAGAGCCACCUCGGGUGACACAGGCUUGAUACAGUCGUCCUCUCAGUUUGUGUUGAAACUCAGUGCAAACUAAAGGUCAAGUGCAAGAUCCUAGAGGAGGGGUCCCGUCACCACACGACUCUCCCAUAUCUGCACACAGACACACGUGUCCCCGUGUGUGGGUGCGUGGACAGCGAGGAGCCACGGAGCCACGGAGUCACCUCGACAGAGUUUCGCUGCAGGUCUUUCUGCUCUGCACGUUGACCAGAAACCAUGGGUCACAUCUGCUUGGUUUCCCGCUGCUCAGUUUGGCACAAGUAGGAAAACGACACCCCAGAACAUUUCAGCAAAGGUGGGGGGGCGACAUGAAGUACAGUGUCCCGGGGGCUGUGCAUUUCCCUGGAACUUGCGGGUUUUCACGAACUCCGAGGAGCCCACAGGAUCGGGGUUGAUGAUGUGAAGGAAAAGCCCCGCCAGCGGAGUCCCUUCCGCCCCCACCGGAUGCAGCGCCCCCCAGGGCAGACUCCAGCACACCGAGGGGGGGCACCGGGCUGCCAACGCUCAGUCAUGGGGGGGGCAGGUGCUCCACCGGCCCUGGGGACCGGGACAGCACAGGACUGUGGCGUGGGAGAGAAAGCGAGAAGAAGAGACACCAGAAGUUUCUCCCGGAACCUUCCCUGGAAAGAACACCCCCUAGCAAACCUCAGAAAGCUGCGUGCGCCCCACACGGGGGAGCUCCUGGCCCCCUGGCUCUCGUGUCUCACACCCUGGCCAGUGCAGGUGCCCGGGCGGUAAUGGCCCUCCCACUCGGGGCGGGGUGCAGGGAAGGUGGGCCGGCAUCCGUCCCCGCAGCCGCAUCUGUAGACAGUGUCUCGCGUGUUUUGAUCAGCAGUCUCGUCCACCGUUCCAGACCAGCACCUUCCUGUCGGCGUGCGGGACCACGGUCCAGCCUCUGUCCGUCGUCCACGGCCACAGCGAGUGGGUCCCUCUGCUCCCCUGUCCUGGGUCCCCUGCUGGGCUUCCUGCCCUGUUCAUCUCAAAAGUGGUCCCCAUUCUCCAUUGCAGUCUGCGUCGGUGACAUCACUUGGGUCAUGCCCCCGGCAGCUGUCCCCUCCAUCAGAAACUCACGUGUGUGACGUAACCGUGCCACCCGCCGUGCGGAGGGACCGUGGUGGCAAGGUCAAGCCAACGCGCGGGUAACAGCUAUUUUUGUAUGUAAAAUAGGCAAUAUACCAGGACACCGAGCCGUGCAUUGCGACAAAUACACUUUUUAAAAUAAAAGCAUGCAAUCCGUAGUGUUCAGUGUGCAGACCCCCCACUCCGCGCCCCGACUGACCGUGGGAGACCUGGGACCGACACCGGGAGGAGCGCUGCCCCGGGCGGGGCGGGCGGGGUGGGCGUGGUUCGCCCUGGGACUGUACCUGGGACCUGCCAGAACAUUUUAAUCUCCCUUGUCAUCACUUUUGGAUUUUUCCCCCCUUUUUUCUUUUUUUUCCCCUGGAAAUAUUUCAGAAACAAAGUGACUUCAUUUUCCAGCCUAAAAGUAUAUUCUAACCACAGGGUAGCGUGUCCUUUUUAAC